CCGUCCACCGCACUCGCUUCUUUCUUGUCGCUGCCAACCCUCGCUCGCUCUUUUGGCUCUCUUGGGUCACGUUGCGCUCACUUUUUUUUUUUGUUCGACAAGAAAAACCAUUGACGGGCCCUUUUCUUAUCUGGUUUGGAUCUGCUCGAUUUUGGAACAGUGAACAGUUCGAUAUACCGUACCGCCUCCACUUUGGAACCGGCAGUUUAUUCGCAUCUUGGCUGUGAUACACGAUGCGUUGGUCUUCGGUUGCCGUUGCGCUGGCGAGCGCCAAAUCUUUCGCCGUGGCGCUGGAUCCCGUCUCCGUCGUGGGAAACAAGUUCUUCAACAAGGACGGCUCGCAGUUCUUUAUCAAGGGUAUUGCGUACCAGCUUGUUCCGCAGGAUCCCCUCGUGGACGCUGACCAGUGCAAACGCGAUGCUAAGCUCAUGGCCGAGCUCGGGACAAACACCAUCCGCGUCUAUCACGUCGACCCCUCCGCCGACCAUGACGGCUGCAUGAGUGCGUUUGACGACGCGGGCAUUUACGUCCUUGCUGAUCUGGAUACCUUUGACACUUACAUUAUUCCCCAAAAUAACUACUGGAAUAAGACAAAGUUCGACAGGUAUGCCGAGGUCUUGGACGCGUUCCAAAAGUACGACAACCUCUUGGGCGUCUUCGUCGGAAACGAGAACAUCGCUACUAAAGAUGAUUCUCCCACGGCGCCCUACCUCAAGGCUGCUGCCCGCGACAUGAAGGCGUACCGCGACGCCCAGGGCUACCGCGACAUCCCCGUUGGCUACUCCGCCGCCGACAUCCUGCAGCUUCGCCCCAUGCUCCAGGACUACCUGACGUGCGGCGGCAACUCGUCCGAGACGGUCGACUUCUUCUCCCUCAACUCGUACUCGUGGUGCGACCCCAGCACGUACAAGGAGUCCACCUACGACCAGCUCGAGGAGUACGCCAAGAACUUCCCGGUGCCCAUCUUCCUCUCCGAGACGGGAUGCAUCGUCCCCGGCCCUCGCCUGUUCGACGACCAGGACGCCAUCUUUGGCCCUGAGAUGGUCAAUGACUGGAGCGGCGCCAUCAUCUACGAGUGGAUUCAGGAGGAGAACGGCUACGGGAUCAUAACAUACGCCCCGGCCGGCCAAGCGGCUGGACCCAACGUCGAGGGUGGCUUCCUGCGCAAGGGCACUCCCACGCCCAAGCUGCCCGACUUCACCGCUCUCCAGUCCAAGUGGGCGACCAACACCCCUACCGGCGUCAAGCGAGACGAUUACAACGCCGACGACGUGUCGACCCGUGCUUGCCCUACGUCGACUGCUGGCGGCUGGUGGCAAGUGGACGGCGACGCCCCGCUGCCCACCCUGGGCCAGAUCCUUGCCGUCAAGACCGAGACUCUGAGCCUGGCUACCGAGACCGGCACCAACACGGCCGAGAGCACCGCGGACAGCACCUCCUCCAACGACUCGGCGGAGAACACGGGGGCUGCCACGACGUCUACGCCCGACUCGUCCUCUUCCACCACCUCUAGCGCCGACAGCGCGCAGACGAGCAACGGCAGCCCCUUGGACAAGCGGAUCACUACAUUCGGUGCCGGUUUGGUGGGCGUUGUUCUUGGUGCUGCAGUCCUCUUGUAAGACGGACUCAUGUUACUUGUUGGAUUUGUAUUGUCAAAUCAGUAUCAGAUACCCGUCUACUUCUUAUCACGCUUUUUUGCUCUUCUGUUUUAAUGUUACCACGGGACUUUGGCUUUUUAGCCUGGCUUCCCCCCUAAUGCGCUUUGUAUGAUGGCUGGACGUUUGGAGAGGGGAUGAUUUUUCUUUCUCAUGACGUUUGCCGCGUAACGAGGCAUG